UUGAUUCUUGUUUGUGUGAUUUGAAAUGGGACUUUUGUGUUGAUUGUGUCUGCAGUUGGAUGGAACGGGUUUCACAUGGGAUUUGGGAGGAAAGUAGACCCUGAGCCUGGGAGGUGCAGAAGAACAGAUGGAAAGAAAUGGAGGUGCUCAAAAGAGGCUUAUCCAGAUUCCAAGUACUGCGAAAGGCACAUGCACAGAGGCAGAAACCGUUCAAGAAAGCCUGUGGAAAUUCUCUCACAAGCGCCAACAAAAGCAAUCAGCAACACAUCAAUCACCAAGAACGCACACCCAUCCCUGGAAUCCCACUUUCCUUAUCCCCAUUUCUCUAAUUCCUCCAGGCCUCCAGGGAUUGCCUUCUCAUCUCAAGAAAACCCCGUCGGGUUUUUCCUGGAAUCCAAUAGUGCUUACUCUUCUUGUUCACCAGGCAAAGAUUACAGAAACAGCUAUGGACCUGGAAAUGGACUGAAACGAGAAACUGAUGAACAUGCAUUUUUCUCAUCAGAGCCUAAUUCCAAUCCUAAUUCCGGGACCACGAGAAGUAUCUCUGAUAAUUCCUCUGUGAACAUUGAUUCUUCUUGGCAACUGGUACCCCUGACAAUGGGUUCAACAUAUUCUUCUGGCCUGGAAAACAGGCAGCAGCAGCAGCUCCAAAUCCUUACAGACCAGCAUAACCAUGAUCAAAACCAUUACUACAACACUGAUAUGCUUUUGAACCCUGAUCAGAGGGAUCAUGAUCAGCCCAAGAAAGUCAUGCACCACUUCCUUGAUGAACUCCCACCUAAACACAAAGAUUCUUGGCCUAAUCCAGAUGAAAACCUGUCAUCAAGCCACAGAACUCAGCUCUCCAUAUCUGCACCCCCAAACUCCCUGCAUGACUUCUUCAUGACCCAAAAAUGAAAAAAAAAAAAAAAAAAAGAUGAAGAUAAGAAGUAGGUUUCCUGGAAUCUAAGAGCAGCAGAGUGGUUAAAUGAUGGUGGGACAAUGGUUUCCUGUUUGAUCUAUGGGUAUAAAUGUGCAUUGUGGCCUGGAAACUGUUGUUCUUUUCUAUGGAAUUAUAAUGUAUUUAGGUUUUCUUUCUCAA